AUUACUUUCCAUCAGUUCUUUACCAGUGAGAGUGUGCUUAACUCCACUUCUUCUUCUUCAUUCACAUGAAUAAAUUGACGGACGGAGGUGGAAUAAAGUCAAGUACAACAAAGUUAACAUCACUCCUAACUGUAAAAGGGUUCAGCUUCAGCGUCAAAGUGGGGAGGAGAAGACGAGAUUUCUUGAGAAAUUCUCAAAAUUCUUUCAAAACUAGACCCAUUUAUGGAACAAGUUGGGAACGAGAUAAGAUUAACUACGGAAUCAUUCGAUAUCAUAAUUUCACUGCUCGGGAUUCCUUAACAGAUAUUAAGUCAAGCAAGAUAAGAGUGUGGUUUUAAAAAAUAAAUAUCUUAAGGGACCGAAACCCUCGACAUUUUAAAUGUCGGGGUAGUUUGACGACGGAAGAGAGAAAAUAAUGGGAGGAACAAUUAUGUUAUGAAAAAUGUGUGAGUUGGUGGUUGGUGAUGUUGUAAAGGGAUUAUUUCGCAAGGCAAACUGCAACAAUAUAACACAAGGGACUUGAUAAAGUAACAAUUGUUAGUUGUUGGAGGUGGUGCAUGGUGAUGGUGGUGGCAUUGCAUUGAAUUACAGGUGGAUGUUUGGUAGCAGCAGCAGCAGAAAGUUAAAUAAGCAAUGUUCAAGUUGGAGGAGGAGUGGAUGGUGGACUCAUUCUUCAUGAACUGAAUUGUUGUUGCAGUUGCAAUUAUAAAAUCGAAAAGUGCAACAACUCUGAAGGCGAUAGGAGGAGGAUUGGAAAGUUGUCAAAAUUAUUUAGCUAUGAAAUUUAGGAAGAAAUGCGACCCAACGAGUGAAGAAGUUGACGAGAAAUUGUAUGAAUGACGACAUUUAGAAGAUAAUAUACAGAUGUCUGGCUGAAAUGGGGUUGCUUCGUGGUGAAUAAAGGCGAAGAAUGCUUCUUAUUGGGGAUCAGUUGGAUGGAUAUGUGGUGAGGAGGAUAUUGCAGUAGAGGAAAAAACAGUUAAACCAAAGAACGAAGGCAGGAAACAAUCAGAAGAAGAGAGAAACACACGUCGUCACAUUUGCUUGUUCAGCAUGAAAUGAAACAUCCACCAGAUUCAAUAACAGACCAGGCAGAAGAAGAAGACAAAAAAUUCAACACGCCAAUUUCUUUGAAAUUCUUACAUUCAAUUUUUUUGUGGCAAUUAGCAAUUCAAAUUAUUAUCCAGUCAUAGGCAGAGAAAGACACAAAGAAGUCAAAGAAGAAGACGACGACGAGGAGGAAUAGUAGCAGAUAAGCCAAAACGAAAAUGAAUCUUUGACCCAGUUCCAGUUGGAUCUCGAGUUUGCUCAUCGCCUGGAUGAGUGAGUGAACUCGUCUUUCUGAGAUUCGACUGCUCUUCGUCACCAAUUAAUUAAGCAACAAAAUUUUAAGUUUUUGUCAAACAAAUCAAUACAAAAAGUUGAGGGAACUUUUAUUUUGCAAGAGAUCCUAACAAGGGAGUAAAAAUUCGUCAAAAUUAAGCGAACAUUUGAAAAAGGCGUUGAUGACGGGUUGAAUUCCGGAGUGACGUCAACAAAGAAGAUGCAUUCUUCCGUGGACGUGGAGCCCGACCCGCAGGAGGUGGAAGUGGAGCUGGGGCUACUGAUCGUUGAGGGGAGAAAGCCGACAACAUCGUCACCUAAAGGAUUCGAGGAAGGACCACACAUACAUCUGCAAAAAGGGCCCCGAAACCACGUCUGCAAUGCUCAAAACCAUUUGUGCGCCCGUGAAGCCUCAUUCCGGAAACAUGUCCAAGUCCUAUGGAGCAAUAAUGUCCCCUUGUGCAUAGAAGUCCUACUCUGUUCGGACUGUCCUUGUGGCAAGGAGAAAGCCACCUCUCCUGAAGUGUCUCCCCUCGUAGAUCCGGCCUACACCUUGUUGGAGCAGUGGACCCUCACUUCCUAUCCGAAGAGAGUGGGCGGUGGCAGCGGUGGCAUUGGUGGCGAAAUCGAUGCUGGCGGGGAUGCCGUCACGGCGGGCCGUGGCGUUACAAAUGGACGCGGUAUCCUACACGCUGUGCGAUCCUUUCUCCACUUUUCUCAGCUCUCCGCUUGGCUCGCACUGUCCAAGGGAGAAAGUCCGAAGAACAUUAUGUACAGGGUCACCAUCCCUGGCGAGAAUUUUGUCUCAAAGUUUGUCCAAACUCCGGAAGAUCAUGAGUUUCCUACAGUGCAGUUCAAAAAAUAUGUGAUGAAGGUAUCUGUGAAAUCGCUCCCCAGAUUGGGGUCCGUACCUAUGUCCUCAUGUACCAGCUUGAUGUGUACGACUACUCGGAGUCAAGUUAAGCGAAGUCAGAGUCCCCCCGUCGGGGAAAUCAUUCGGGGCGGAGAAAGUCCACGUCCACGUCCGUACGCACCGGGCAGAUUCUUAAUUCCCACGCCAGCCAGGUUGGCGAUGGCCACCAUGUAUUCUUCGGGACGAUGCGUCGUUCGACACAGCGGCAUUGCUCCGGUCGCUGGGAAUAAUAGAGUAAAGCAGAGACAGCUUAGAAAGGAGCAACGUAACGAACGGUUGUUGGAGUAUAUGCAUUCACUUCACGGAAAUAGUGGUUCCUCAUUAGAUCAAAGUCAGGAAGGUCCUUCGUCCUCCGGAGACCAGCAAGAAGGCAACGAUCAUGAUUCUGAUUAUCUCACGGAUCAAGAAUCCGGAUCGGAAUCACCUCAACCUGGAAAAUAUCAACCGGAUGUAUCAACGCAAGAAGGUGAUCAACUAGAAGUAGGAGAUUGGAUCAGUAAGCAGCAGCAGCCCAUAAUUUCCCUGUCAUCAUCAUCAUCAUCAUCGUCGCCAUCAUCAUCAUCUGCGAUUUCUAUUCCGAGAACAAGGCCAAUUCCAACGCUGAGUGAGAAGAUCGAUUUCCUCAAAUCUCUGGAUACUGCAGCUACACGACUUUUCCAUCGGAACACUGGGCUUCCUCUCACAUCCAGCCCGGCCCCGUUGCGAAAAGGCCAAGAUCGAUUUGACUUUGACUCAUCGCUCGUUUCGAAUUCAAGGAUUAUUUCCAGAUUUAGGAGAGGUUGCCAUCCACCAAGAUUUUCCGAGGCGACUCGAUCAUUGUUGGGGUCCUUUGAGGAAUCAGUAUUGAAUGGAAGGAUUGAGCCUGUGUCAACCGUGCAAGGAUUCACCGCAGAGAUCGGAGCAUCCGGCUCAUUUUGUCCUAGACACGUUCAUCUUCCAGUUACAGUUUUUUUCUACACAUUCUGCGACAACGACAAAAUCUCAACUCCGUAUUUGGCACACGUUGACCUGGGAGAUCAAGGGUACUGCGUGCCAAGGAAGGGGACCGUACAAGUUACUCUGUUCAACCCUCUUCGAACUGUGAUCAAAAUGUUUGUUGUACAAUUCAAUUUAGAGUCACUUCCAAAUAAUUCGCAAACAUUUCUUCGACAACGGACCUAUUUUAUGCCACUUGGGGAAUCGGAUUCUCAUCCCAGUGCGCAAAAAUGGCUCCGCUACCUCAUCCAUCUCAGAUUCGCAUCGAAUCAAUCUGGACAAAUUUUUCUGCACACGGAUAUUCGCAUGGUUAUUUUCCGAAAAACCGACGCAGACACGGCCACUGGAUUUGACGUCGUCCAGACUCCGCAUGAACUUCGAUCAUUCACUUAUGCUCCACAUAAUCCGAAAUUCAGCCCUCGAUUUAAUCAAGCUACAAACACAAUUACUACUUCCACCCUGGACACCACAGUCCCAGGAUAUUAUGCUAAUCAGGACAAAUCUCCAAAAGAGAUGCGCAAAUUUAUCCCAAAGAAAAUUAUUUUCAAAAACGGAAAUACCAAAUUUCCUCCUCGGAAUCACCAUCAUCAUAAUAAUAAUAAUAAUAUCGACCAAUCAGAAGAACAACAGGUUGACGCUAAUCGCCACGAGCAGCAUGAUCAAGACGACGACGAAUGCGGAGAACAAGAAUACGAGUACGACUUUGAGCCGUGUAAAAAUCAUUCGGAAAUCGAAAUCAUUGUAUAAUAUCAAUAUCUCAUCGAACCUAGCAUUUCAGGAAAUACAAAAAAUACAAAAUGUUCAGAUCCAAACUGUGUAAAAAUAGUCAGUCGGUUAAGGUGAAGAAUAAUAAGGUCUAAAAUCAUACAGCAGGGAAAGGCCACCAACAAAAACUGUAAAUACAAAUGACCUUUAAUUCCCCUUAACUUACCUCUACACAACUAUUAGAUUAUUCUAAAUACCUUUUUAUUUAAGAUGGAGGACAACUCAGUUGAAAUUCUUGUUUUUUUUAUUGUUACGUACAUACACAGGUAGAGAAAUAUUUUAGAAUGUCGCAAAUUCAUGUCUCGCAAAAAACGAAAAAAGUAUAGCCUACUGGGUAGGCAUCGUAAAUACAUAUGAUACAUAUAAAAUAUUAUGCAUUUAGACAGUAAAUACAAAUUUCAGGUUAUAAUGUAAAGUGCAGUCGUGUAGUACGAAGAAAAGAAGAAAAAAAGCAUAAGAAGAGCGUUAUGCUGCUGUAAAAAAAGAGUUGAAUAAGCGUGCGAAAAAAAGUAGUCUGUGUUAUAUUAUGACAGUUUCAAAAAAAGAAACAUAUUAUGAUAAUGAUUAUUCAAAAUUAUGAUGAACCAUCACACAAGUUAAUAAUAAUAAUGUAUGUACAAGUCUCCAACUACAAAAAGCAAACAAUGGCAAAAAACUGUGAGUAAAUAUUGUCUAAAAAAUAGUUGCAAACGUCUAGAGAACAAAAUAGUUAUGAGAAAUGUAAAUUAUUUUAGAAAUUCACACCCAAUCACCACCCACGUGUACCUAAAUCCAACUAAUCGUAUAUUACCUACCUAAUCAUGUCAUCAGAAUAAGUUAUCAUUUAACUUAGUACCAUUUGGUUCGUCGUCGUCAUUUUCAGUCUAAACAAAAAUAUAGGAUUCAUAUAUAUUUUACGGGGCGAAAUAUUAAGAUAAAAGUUGGCAAUAUUUUUGAGAAAAAAAAACAUAUACCAAAAUUCCGACCAAUUAUUUAUACCUAUUAUUUUUAUGAUUGUAUGUAUAUAUUUUGUGCUAUUUUACGUUGAAUAAUCGCGACAAUUUUACUUACCCUGUGUUGAGGGAGGAGAGAUAACAAACAUUAUUUGACUUGUAGAUACAUAGAUAAAGACGAUCGUUGAGUAAUAGCGUGUUAAAUAUUAUAAUGCAAUUUGACGAGAAAAUUUGUUAGAAUUUAAAAAAAGAUACGGAUUCCCGCAGCAGAAGAGAAAGUUUCGAGUGCGCACUUAUCAUCGCAACCUUAUAUGUAUCACGUCAUCGCUGAUUAAUAAUAAAAAAACGUAUGAAAUGAUUGA